AGAAGUACUAAAUUUCCCCUUCUUCUCCCUCUCAAUUAACUUUAUUCUAUAACUAGCUCAAAAAAAAAAAAAAAAGAAAACUCCAUCAAAAAUACCAGCACCAGCUGAACUGUAUGUAAGUCACCGAUCAAAUUAAACAAAAAAAAAAAGGAAAAAAAUGGAGGAAGAAGAGCGUUUCCCUCCAUUAUCUUCUUCUUUCGUUCUUAAAGACAUCUCCAAUCUCAAAACCCCAAAACGCAUUACCAAGAAUCCUCAAUUCUUCACCGCUUGUAAUGAAACUCCGAGGUCAUCCUCGUCAUUUCGUUACCGUUCUCGGCCUUCCCUUGUCCCUUCCUCUUCCCGCUCCAAAGCCAAAGCCAAGCUCAAAGCCUUCCAGUUGGAGCGAUCUCAGUCCGCUUGCAAAGAGCAACUCAAGGAGGACCGAUCGCUAAAGUCUUUGGCUAAAUCUCUCACCGCUUGGCUCAAUUUCCUCUUUCAGAAUCCGGAGUUUUGCGGCUGUGAUUUGUCAAUUAAUGGAUGCAAUGAGAGUAAUGUUGUGCGAGUGGACAGUGCCUGGAGAAGUCCAAAAAGGAUGAGAGCGUUGUGGUGGAGAGGGGAGGAAUCUGAAAAUGUUGUUGCGGAUGUUUCAAGUUUGAAGUACUCGAGUUUGAGGUCUUCGUUGAAGGACGUAUGUAGUUUCGAUGAAUUGAAGCAGCGGAUGCAGGUUUAUUUGAGUUUGGUGAGCUGCAAAGAGGUUUUCAAUGUCAUGACUCAAGUAGCUAAGAAUAUAGAUGGAGGGAGGUUAACGAUGAAAGCAAAUUGUCCUAUAGUUACAGAUGUUGGAAUUAAGGAAAAGGCUACUAAAAUUCUAAUGUCCUACAACCCAAUUUGGCUUCGAAUUGGGUUGUAUAUUAUUUUUGGUGGUGAUUCCCUGAUAUCACCCGAGGGAGAUCUUAGUUCUGUGAAAGAUAUUUCAUUUUUGAAGAUGAUAAUAGAAAAACAAUUCUUCUCGCACACUGGACUUGCAAAGGCUUAUGCCUAUAACAAGAAGGUGGAAGGUUUGUACAGGCCGGGAUUCUACGAGAAUCUGGGGAAUAUUAUAUUGAAGAGAACUUUAUUGCUUGUUCUUAUCCUUGACCGAGCUAAAUCUCAGACCAGUCUUCCUCUUAAUUACGGUAUUGAUGGAGUCGAUGGAGGUUCUCCUCUUCUGUUCACAGUUUCGUCUGGUAUAAAAUCAAGUCGUCAAGUCCUUAAUAAUUUCUUAUCAUCUGAUGUUAUGCAUGGAGAAGGUGACCUUCUUGCACAUCUAGUGACUGUAGGGUAUAAAGUUUCUCAUCAGCAGUCUGCCCUUGUGGAGUUUGAUUUCCAAGUAUCAGAUUUAUUCUUGGAUCUUCAAGAUGGUGUGCGGCUCUGUAGAGUUAUUCAGCUUUUGCGACAUGAUUCCUCUAUCCUCAUGAAAAUAGUAGUUCCUUCAGACACCCAUAAAAAGAAUUUGGCCAAUUGUGGUGUUGCCCUGCAAUAUUUGAGAGAGGCUGGUGUCAUGCUAUGUGAUGAAGAUGGAUUGAAGAUUACAAGAGAUGAUGUUGCUGACAGAGAUACGGAACUCACUCUAUCCUUGCUCUGGAAUAUAUUUGUUCGUUUACAGUUGCCACUUCUGAUUGACAGAACAACCAUUGCUAGUGAAAUAUCCAAAAUACGUGGCUUUAAUAUGGAUAAGUUGAAUGUAAUAAAUUCCACGAAUUUGGGAAUGCUUUUAAACUGGAUCCAGGCAAUUUGUGAAAAUUAUGGUCUUAAGGUUGACAGCUUUUCUUCACUGGUUAAUAGAAAAGCCAUAUGGUGCUUGCUUGAUUAUUACUUCCGCAGAGAGCUUUCUUGUUCUAACAAGGACUCUCAUGAAACAAGAGAUGAGAAAUCAAUCAUGUCCACUACUGAUUACACAGAUGCAGUUCACAAUUUUGUAUUAUCACAGAAACUAACAGCAAUAUUGGGAAAGUUUCCUGAGGUUCUGCAAAUAAGUGACUUACUUGAGCAUAAUGGUGCAGUUAGUGAGAAGAGUGUGGUAGUUUUGCUGACUUUCAUUCUGUCCCAGCUUAUCGUCAAGAAAAAUGUGGAUCAGUUGAAUUUCCAUAAAAUGUUGGGUUGUAAUUGUCAAACCCUAGAGAGGAGGAGACAUUCAUUAACUCGAAGGCGGUCAGCAAGUACUGAAGCAAUUGUGCGAACGGACAGAGACUUAGAUAUCACUGAAGAUGCUACUAAAAAGUUUAAGAUCAUUCAGGCUUGGUGGCGAGAUAUGACAGAACGAAACUACAAAAGUGUUGUAAGACCUGCUGCUUCUACUUCAUCUUGCUUUCCAGCUCGGAAGACAAGCAUUGACAUUUUAAGAGAAAAGGCCGCAAUAGUCAUACAGUCUCAUUUCAGGCGAUUCAUAGAGCGUCAUAAUUUUCUUAAGAUGACAAAAGCUAUUGGCUUAAUCCAAACUGUUACGCGUGCAUGGUUGACUGUGAAGAAAAAUUCAGAGCUCAAUAAAUUCAGAUUUGCCGGAGUUCCGGAAGUUCCAUCUGAAGUUGGGAGACUUGUCAAGUUUAUCGGUGAGAGACACAGUUUUGUUAAUUUAAGAAGAUCAGUGUUUCUCAUACAGCAUGUUGCAAGAAUUUGGGUAGCUCAAAGACGUGAUGCAUCCUGUCCAAUCCUCAUCAAAGCUGCCAUUGUAAUUCAGAAAUGUUUUCGUGGUUGGGUGGUAAGAUCACUUCACAUGAUUGAGAAUGCUUCUCGUAAAUGGCAGCAGAAGGGUCUAAGUAAUAGUGAAAUAGAAGCAGCAACCGGGAUUCAGAUUGCAUGGAAGAAUUUUGUUAGCAGAUCUCUGCACAAACACACUUUUGCUGCAACAAAAAUUCAGAGUCAUUUCCGUGGCUGGCAGUUAAAAAGGAAUUUUAUGAAGCAGAAGCAAGCAAUAAUCACAAUUCAAAGUAAUUUUCGACAGUUCAAAUGUUCGAGUACUUUUCAACAAUAUAAAGCUGCUCGUAUUGAGAAUGCUUCGUUCAAGUACGAAGAGAAGAGUCUAAGUAUUGGUGAAACAGAAGCAGCAAGCAGGAUUCAGAUUGCAUGGAAGAACUUUGUUUGCAGAUAUCUACAAAAACAGACUUAUGCUGCAACUAAAAUUCAGAGCCAUUACCGAGCUUGGCAAUUAAGGAGAAGUUUUAUAAAGCAGAAGCAAGAAAUAAUAAAAAUUCAAAGUAAUUUUCGACGGCUGAAGUGUUGGUGGGCCUUUCAGAUUGCUCAGAAGGAAUUUGUCUGUAGAUCUCUUCAAAAUCAGACAUUUGCUGCAACAAAAAUUCAAAGUCAUUUCCGUGGUUGGCAGUUAAGGAGGAGUUUUGUCAAGCAGAAGCAAGCAAUAAUAGCAAUUCAAAGCAAAUUACGACAGCUAAAAUGUUCAAAUGCUUUUCAGCAAUAUAAGAUGGCUGCCAGAUCAGCAAUCAUCAUUCAAUCUUGUGUUCGUAGAUGGAUAGCUCAGAGAAGAGCUUUGAGAUGUAGGUAUCUUACUGUUGCAAUCCAAAGACAUUGCCGCGGUUGGCUUGCAAGGAAGGAUCUUUUGAAGCAAAGGAAUGCUGUAAUAAAGAUCCAAAGAGCAAUACGGUGUGUAAUAUGUCAGAAGGCGUUUCAUCUUCAGAAAUUGGCUGCUAUUGAGAUUCAAAGGGCUAUCAGAGGGCAAAUUUCUCGAAAAAAGCUUUUAGGAGCAUCUUCCUUUUGUGCGGCUAGUGCUUCCAGUUACGGUUGUAAUAUGUCAAAGGGCUUCUUCCAGAGUUUUGAACUAAAAUUAGUGAUUACUUCAGUUUUGAAACUGCAAAGGUGGUGGAGAAGUGUUCUGUUACUUAAAUUAAGAACGAAAUCAGCAAUCAUUAUUCAGAGUCAUUCACGGGGAUGGAUUGCUAAGCAAAAAGCAUAUAUAGAGAGGCAUUGUAUUGUUUUAAUACAAAGACAUUGCCGUGGUUGGCUUGUAAGGAAGGAUUUUUCGUUGAAAAGGGAUUCUGUAAUAAAGAUCCAAAGAGCGAUACGGUGCCUAAUAUGUCAGAAGGCAUUCCAUUUACAUAAACUGGCAGCUAUUGAUAUUCAAAGGGUUAUCAGGGGUCAACUGUCUCGAAGUAGGCUUUUAGGAGCAUCUUCCUUUCAUGUAGCUACUGCUGGCAGUUACAAUUGUAAGAUGUCAAAAGGCUUCUUCCAGAGUUUUGAACUAAAAUUAGUGAUUACUUCAGUUCUGAAACUGCAAAGGUGGUGGAGAGGUGUUAUGUUACUUAAAUUAAGAACAAAAUCAGCAAUAAUUAUUCAGAGUCAUGCACGGGGAUGGAUUGCUAAGCGAGAAACUUGCAGACAGAAGCAUUGUAUUGUUGUAAUACAAAGACAGAGCCGUGGUUGGCUUGUAAGGAAGGAUGUUUUGUUGAGAAGGGAUUCUGUAAUAAAGAUCCAAAGAGCAAUAAGGAGCCUAAUAUGUCAGAAGGCCUUUCAUUUACAGAAACUGGCAGCUAUAGAUAUUCAGAGUGUUAUCAGGGGCCAAAUUGCUCGAAGUAGGCUUUUAGGGGCAACUUCUGUUCAGGCAGCUGGUGGUGGUGCCUGCAAUUGUAACAUGGCAGGAGGCUUCUUCCGGAGUUUUGAAUUAACAUUAGUGAUUAUUUCAGUUCUGAAACUGCAAAGGUGGUGGAGAGGUGUUCUGUUACUUAAAUCAAGAGCAAGGUCAGUUAUCAUUAUCCAGACUCACGCACGGGGCUGGAUUGCUAGGCAAAAAGUGUAUAGAAAGAGGACUUGUAUUGUUGUAAUACAAUCAUAUUGGAAAGGUUAUGUUGCUCGGAAAGAAUCAAGAGAGCAGCUAUUGAAUUUGCGCUUGAGAAUGCAAAAGUCUGCUAUGAAUGUUGAUGAUAGCAGACGUCUUAUUAACCGCCUUUUGUCAGCACUUUCGGAACUACUGAGCAUGAAAAGCAUCCGUGGCAUUCUUCACAACUGUGAGACCUUAGAUAUGGCUACAGCUCAUUCUCUGAAAUGCUGCGAAGAACUUGUGGCUGCCGGUGCAAUCACCAUUCUACUAAAGCUGAUUCGUGCCGCCAGUCGUAGCAUACCCGAUCAACAGGUUCUAAAGCAUGCACUCUCAACACUUCGAAACCUCGCACGUUAUCCGCAUUUGACACAAGUGUUAAUCGACACUCCUGCAUCUGUAGAGACAAUCUUAUGGGAGUUGCACAGGAACAAGGAAGAAGGAUAUUUUAUUGCUUCACAAAUCCUGAAGAAGAUAUGUUCAAAUGAGAAUGGUGUGAUAACUGUACACAAGUUUCCCGCUCUUUUGAAGAGACUAUACAAUCUUGUUGAAGAACUCACAAGGAAAGCAUACAAUGAAAAAAGGAAUCCCCGUGCUGUUGCUGUAAGAGACAACACAGAUAGAAGAUUGAAGGAGGCCGUGGAACUUCUUAAACUAAUAACAAAUGGUUACAAAUCCAGCAAAUUGCCAAUCGCUUUUGCGAUGUGAAAGAAAUUUUAUUUACACUUUAGUUAGGAUCUAAAUAACUCUCCAGAUUUUCCAUAUAUAGUGUGCCAGACUGCCAUUGAUGUGCUUAAAUUGGUGGUGCAUGAUCCGUGCUCAAUUGUGCAUGUUUUAACAUAGGCAAUUUAGUUUGAUCUUUUUAGUUUAAGCAACUGUAGAGAUGAAAAUGUAAUGUCAAUCUGUAGUUGAAUAUUAGAAACAGAAAUCAUUUAACUAUCCCCAACUUGGAAGAUAGAAGGUUAAAACUAAUUUGACUCGGUUGAAAAA